UUCGCGAGGAAGAAAUACUUAUGUACACCUUGUAGGAACUCGUUGCACUUGGAUGGAAAUCCGAUAAUGGUUUUCGAUCAUGAUAUUUGAGCCAAAUUGAGGAAGUGAUUAAAAAAGAGUUUCCUCAUUCUGACUUGAAGGGGAACCCACACGUCACAUCAAAGAUAACUCAAUGGAAAAAAAAAGCUACUAUUCUCUUGGGAGCAUAUUCGGUCGUAGUGGAGUGGGAUUUAAUUCGAAUGGGGAUUAUAAAAUAGAAGUGGAUAACGAUCAAUGGGACCAGAUCGUGAAGAAUGAUCCCAAUGCGCGUUUCAUGCGUUACAAGUCUUGGCCUUUAUGGAAUGAUUGGAAGCUGGUUUUCGGCAAUGAUCUUGCAAGUGGAGAUGUACCACAUGACACGAAUGAUGCUUUUGACCAUCUUUCUAGACAGACUCAUGUUAACACAAGAAUAGAUGGUAUCGAGGUCAACGGCUUCAAAGACUACUCCACCCCUGAAAUACCACCUCCCAAUGAGGUACCCAUCACUGUCGAUGAUAUCACAGAGCAAAACCCAAAUGCAGCAAAUCAGGGAAAACAAUCUGGUAAGAAGCGCAAGGCCUCCACUGAUUCUAAUGGACUAAUUGAAAUGCUCACUAAGAUGCAGGAGGAUACAAACCUCAGACUUGAUAGGCUUACUGAUAAAAUUGGCUAUGAUUUCGACGUAAGCAAAUCACGGAAAGAAGUGUUUGAGAAACUUGGGGUCGUUCCGGGACUCACAUUGCAAUAA